AAUUAGGAGGCAGGAGUGCCUUACGGGAUACGUCUCAUUUAGACUUUGAAGGCAGAAGGAGUGACUACAACGGGCACAUCUGUGUGUUUGAUGCCACGUUUAAGCGAGCAGUAGGAAAAAGGAAGGAAUGGCAGACAUACGGAAGAAACUUGUCGUGGUGGGGGACGGCGCAUGUGGGAAAACAUGUCUUCUUAUUGUAUUUAGCAAAGACGAGUUUCCCGAAGUGUAUGUUCCGACUGUGUUUGAGACAUAUGUGGCGGACAUAGAGGUGGAAAACAAACAAGUCCAGCUAGCUUUGUGGGACACAGCUGGACAGGAGGACUACGACCGGCUGCGCCCCCUCUCCUAUCCGGACACCGAUGUAAUUCUGAUGUGCUUCUCCGUGGACAGCCCGGACUCGUUGGAAAACAUCCCAGAAAAGUGGGUCCCUGAAGUCAAACACUUUUGUCCGAAUGUACCCAUUAUAUUAGUGGCCAACAAGAAAGAUCUGCGCAACGACGAGAACGUAAAGAACGAGCUGUCCCGGUUGAAGCUGGAGCCCGUGAAGGCAGAGGAUGGCCGGGCCAUGGCCAUGCGCAUUGGCGCAUAUGACUAUUUAGAGUGCGCUGCCAAAACCAAGGAGGGGAUCUGGGAGGUAUUCGAAACCGCAACACGGGCUGCCUUGCAGAAACGCAAAAUACCAUCAGGAAGUUGUCUCAAAUGCUGUGUUUUGAUGUGAAUCGACGCAGACAACUGUGCCGCGCAGACAAUAUGCUUCCCCCGCUGGGAUCUGUGUUUUAACAUGUACGGGCAGAGACAAUGGUUUGGAUACUCCCAUGUAAUCACACGACCUUGGUCGAACCAAACCCAAUGACUGCAAACAGGUUGUUUUCAACACCCUCGAUGAUGGGUUGAUAUCGGGGCGUGUGUCUGUGAAAUGCACUGGUUACAGCAUGUUAUUUGUUGUCACAUGAUCCCUGUCUGGCAGGUUAAGAGGUAAAAAGGUCAAGCUUAAUAUCAGUGGAUGCCUUAUUUAUCCCCUUUGUAAUAAUGAGGACAUGUCCUUUCUAAAGGCCUGCUUUCGAGCCAAGGUUAAAAUUGCUUACUUUUUGUGUUUCAAAGUGUUUGCAUAGGCCACUGCCUUACUGCCAAGGUUAUACUUUAUAAUAAGCAAAGCAGUAAAAAAAAUUGCACUCGAUAUUAAUGUCCACUUUGUAUUGUAAACAAUGACUAUUAGUUUGUGAAAUUGCACAGCAUCUGGACAGUACAGUGAUUCACAGAAAGUGUUAUGAGAAGUAAAAGUCAGAGCAAGGAUGCCUGAGGUCUUCUGUAUAGUUUCUUGUGAUGUUUUACGCCAUUCUGAAUAAAGAUAUAGCUUAAGUUUACAGUUAAAGAAAUCAGUUGUCUCAGGUUUGUUAAAAGUAUGUUGUCGACUCCAGUAUUAAAUGCCUAGUUUAGUAGUUCCUACAACAGGUAAAAUAAACAUUGAAGUUCAAAGAGACUAAACAUUGGCCAGCAUUAAAAAAAAAAAAAAAAGGCCAACCACAUUGUCCAGUGUAGUUAAUUCCAAGUAUCUUGUCAAAUGUACAAACAGUUAAUAGAAAUAUAAUUGGUAUGUUUGCUAAGCAUGUUACUACCUUCCCUUAUAGCUCACCUGAUCCCAACCUUUUUAAGCACUAAGUAUCUCACCAUGUUUCUGAAUUUGAUAUCCAGGUCUAGCUGUUUUACAGGCUGGAAUAUCUCAGCUGUGUUGUAGUAGACAUUUUCUAUUUAGCUACAGCUUCCUUUACAGUUAUGGUGUUGAUAUGUCCAAGAGAAGAUUAAGCAUGUGUGAUGGUUUAGCAUGUGAGUGCUAUGCUCAGUUAAACUCGUUUUCUUGGAAAAUGUCAAGAAAGAAGAAUGUGCUAUGUCAGAGCUCUAUGAGCCAGUAGAACAGGGUUAUGUUGGGUAAUGGAAGGGUGUGGUAAUUAAAAAGAAACACAUGGAAUUGUUUCAUAUGUUAUUAAACCACAAUCUUAUGAUAAUUACACAAAUGGGUAUCCCUUUGACAAAAACAGUACUGUUUUAUUUAUGAAGAUGUUAAAAUGUGUUUACAGGCGUUAAACUGAGUUAUCAAUGUCUUCCAUUAUGACUGUGAAUGUACCUCAAAUUUGUUAUGUCAAAAAUAUUGUUGGAGCUUUGAAGUUGGCAUCAGUAUUUAACGAAUUUGAGCCAAAAUUCCAUCUUGUGUAAUAAAUUAAACUCAUGUUUAAUCUGUGUCUAAACAAAAGUGCUGUCCUCUUACAGGAUAGUGGGAGUGCUGGUUUAAAUGACAACUAUGAACAUCAAUUACAGAGGGUGUUGCAACACUGUGAAUCCAGGAUAUAAAUCAUUGGUGGAUUUACUAUACAAGUUGUUCUUUUAGUGACAGAGAAACAACAUUUUUCUUAAAACAUGUCAUUUUUCAGUGGUUAAUUAAACAAUUGCUAAGAUAAA